GUGCACGACAAGUUGAGGUACUGUGGCAAACAAAAAGUGCACAGAGACACGAAAUCCGCCAUAAAACAGCAGGCGCCCAUUGCUUAUUUCUCUGUUAUACAUAAUAGAAAAGAUCGGCUGCUUUUCAUCUGAGAUUUUUCAUUCAUGGUGAUGGACUGAGCUAGGGUUUAUUACAGUCUUUUUUCACAAUAAUGGAUGCUCCACGGAGAAUUCUGUUCACACAAGUGAGCCACCAGUCGUAUAAUGAAGCGCAUUUUGGAUGGCGGUCUCCUCUGGUGUAUUUAUUCGUUGCAGUGGCAGCUAUGUUGUUCAUUGUUGGCUUUGCUUCUUUCAUUCUGGUGUGCACCUGGUGCAGGUUGGCUAAUGAUCAUAUGAGGGCAAAUUCAAAUACACGGCAGCCUGAUGCUGUGUCACCUGAUUCUGGCCCUCUGAAACCUCAGGCUAUACUUGUUGAGGAUGAAGAACAAGGGGGAAAUAUGCUGGUUAUUAUGCCUGGUGACCAGAAACCCUCUUUUGUAGCCACACAAGUGCCCUCUGCGCCUCAUGUUGCAGAAAAUAGAGGAUAGUUUUGUGGCUGGAACAGGCCUUCAAAUGCCGAUCCCUGGUUAUUUUCGCUGUAAAUGUUGCGAACAGAACUGGAGAUCUGUUCACGUUAGUAUUCGAAGAGCUUCUUUAAAUGUUUAAAAUAAACAGUAGUGUAGGCUGGAUUUGUGUAUAACUGUGCAAAUUUUAGCAGGAUUUCUGUGUAGAAUCGGCCUAGUUAGAAAAAUGAAAAAUCGUAGUUUGCUUUGCCGUAAAGUUAUAAAAGAAGUUUUGCAGAGUUUUGGGAGUUUUUUCUGGGCCCAUGGAUUGUACAUGGCAUUAGUAUUUCAAGGAUUUAAUGAUUUUGUCGGGGUUACUUCA